AUGACCUCCGACAUCAAAGCCGGAGGGGCGGAAGACACGACCCCGGGCGCGACCCGGGCCGCGUCCACCAUCUCCAGCAACAUGCCCCAAGAAAAGGAAAUAGUCCCCUCGUCCGCAUGCGGAUCCACGACCACCGUGGCCGAGAAGGACGGCGCUUCGCCCGCCUCCCACGAUGAUAACGACGAUGAGCGCAUCGACGAGGAGGUGCAUGAGCUCGCCCGCCGACUCACCACCCAGUCCCACGCCGUCCCCGGCACCCUCUUCCCCCUCCCCGUCGAGGGUCCUCUCGACCCCAGCAGCCCCAACGCCCCUCGCACCACGGGCGUGGCCUUCCGCAACCUCAGCGCUUUCGGUUUCGGUACCUCCACCUCCUUCCAGAAUAGCGUGGGCAACGUCUACCUCAAGAGCGUGUCCGCCCUCCGCAAGGUCAGCGGCGCCAAGGAGCAGCGCAUCGACAUCCUGCACGGUCUCGAGGGUGUCGUUCACAGCGGUGAGAUGCUCGCCGUCCUGGGCCCACCGGGCUCCGGCUGCUCCACCUUCCUCAAGACCAUCGCCGGCGACACCCACGGCUACCACGUGUCGGACGACGCCGUCAUCAACUACCAGGGCGUCCACCCCAAGGAGAUGAGGACCGCCUUCCGCGGCGAGGCCAUCUACACGGCCGAGGUCGACCACCACUUUCCCCAGCUCACCGUCGGGGACACCCUGUACUUCGCCGCCCGCGCGCGCUGCCCCCGCACCAUCCCCGAGGGCGUCUCCCGCCGCGAGUACGCCGAGCACCUCCGCGACGUCACCAUGGCCAUGUUUGGCAUCUCGCACACGAAAAACACCCGCUGCUGGGAUAACAGUACCCGUGGCCUCGACUCCGCCAACGCUCUCGAGUUCUGCCGCACGCUCAGGACCCAGGCCGACGUCAUGGGAAGCACUUCGUGCGUGGCCAUCUACCAAGCGUCCCAGGACGCGUACGAUAUCUUUGACAAAGUCGUCGUCCUCUACGACGGAAGACAAAUCUUCUUCGGCAAAACCGACGAAGCCAAAGCCUACUUCGAAGGCCUCGGCUUCGUCUGCCCCGAGCAGCAGACCACCGCCGACUUCCUCACCUCCAUGACCAGCGCCGCCGAGCGCAUCCCCCAGCGCGCCGCCGUGGCCGCCGACGUCGACGACUACCUCGCCCGCCACCCCUUUGGCGGCGAGCACUACGAGCGCUUCCUCGCGUCCCGCAAGGCCGAUCAGUCGCGCGCGCAGCGCACAAACGCCGUGCUUCUCAAAAACGAUCCUAGUAUCCCCAUCGUCAUGCUCAUCAACAACAUCUUCGAGGCCCUCAUCGUCGCCAGCGUCUUCUACGACCUCCCCGCCACCACGGGCACCUUGUUCCGCCGCGCGAUUCUCAUCUUCUACGUCAUCCUCAUGAACGCCUUCUCUAGCAUCCUAGAAAUCCUCAUGCUCUACGCCAAGCGCAACGUCAUCGAGAAGCACUCCCGCUACGCCUUCUACCACCCCAGCGCCGAGGCACUCUCCUCCAUGAUCGUCGACCUCCCCUACAAGAUCACCAACGCCAUCUUCAUGAACACCAUCAUGUACUUCAUGGGCCACCUCCGCCGCGAGCCCGGCCCGUACUUCUACUUCCUGCUCAUCUCCUUCACCAUCACCAUGUCCAUGUCCAUGCUCUUCCGCCUCAUCGCCUCCUGGAUCGGCUGGUUCCGCUGGAUCAACCCCAUCUACUACGGUCUCGAAAGCCUGUUCGUCAACGAAUUCGUCGGCCGCUCUUUUCCCUGCACAACCUACGUACCCUCCGGCCCCGGCUACGACAACGUCGCCCCCAACCAGCGCAUCUGCGCCACCACCGGUGCCGUCCCCGGUCAGGAUACCGUGCAGGGCGCCGCCCAUCUUUUAAGCUCAUACGGCUUCCGCAGCGAGAACCGCUGGAGGAACUGGGGCGCCAUCGUCGCAUUCACCAUCCUCUUCAUGUUGCUCCACCUCGGCAUGAAGAAGCAGCGCAAGCAGCCCAAGGGCGACGUCGAAGACGGGCCCUCCAACAAGGUCGUGCGCAGGGAGGCUGAUGAUUCGGACGCCCCUUCCAACGUCGAGAAGCAAGUCUCCGUCUUCCACUGGAAAGACGUGUGCUACGAUAUCAAGAUCAAGAAGGAGCCUAGGAGGAUUCUCGACAACGUCGACGGAUGGGUCAAGCCAGGAACCUUGACCGCCCUCAUGGGCGUUUCCGGCGCCGGAAAAACCACCCUCCUCGACGUCCUCGCCAGCCGCGUCACCAUGGGCGUCAUCACCGGCGAGAUGCUCGUCAACGGCCAAGAGCGCGACCAAUCCUUCCAGCGCAAGACGGGCUACGUCCAGCAGCAGGACCUGCACCUGCAUACCUCGACCGUCCGCGAGGCCCUCAACUUCAGCGCCCUGCUCCGCCAGCCCACGCACUACUCCCGCGCCGAGAAGCUCGCGUACGUCGACACCGUCAUCGCCCUGCUCGACAUGGAAGAGUACUCGGACGCCAUCAUCGGCGUGCCCGGCGAAGGGCUCAACGUCGAGCAGCGCAAGCGUUUGACUAUUGGCGUCGAGCUCGCUGCCCGGCCCCAGCUCCUGCUCUUCCUCGACGAGCCCACAUCGGGUCUGGACAGCCAGACGUCGUGGUCCAUCUGCAACCUCAUGGAGAAGUUGACCCGCAGCGGCCAGGCUAUCCUGUGCACUAUCCACCAGCCCUCUGCCAUGCUCUUCCAGCGUUUCGAUCGACUUCUUCUCCUAGCCAAGGGUGGAAAGACUGUCUACUUUGGCGAGAUUGGCAAGGGUGCUAAUGUCAUGACCGACUACUUUGUCCGCAAUGGAGGACCCGCCUGCCCGCCCGGUGCCAACCCCGCCGAAUACAUGCUUGAAGUCAUCGGCGCUGCUCCGGGCGCGCACACCGAUAUCGACUGGCCCGCGGUUUGGAGGGCUAGCCCCGAGUACCGCAGUGUCCAGGACGAGCUCGCUCAACUAAAGAGUGGCCAAGGCGCACCCGUAGAACAGCCCAGCUCCAAGGACCCCUCCGCCUACAACCAGUUUGCCGCACCUUUUAUGACACAACUUUCCCAAGUCACCAGGCGAGUCUUCCAGCAGUACUGGCGAAGCCCGACCUACAUCUACUCCAAGUGUCUUUUGUCUUUUGGCAGCGCCCUCUUCAUCGGGUUAUCCUUCAUCAACGCCGAAAACACCCAGCGCGGCCUCCAGAACCAAAUGUUCGGCGUCUUCAUCUUCCUCAUCACCUUUGGCCAGAUCGUCCAGCAAAUCAUGCCCCUCUUCGUGUCCCAGCGCACCCUCUACGAGGCGCGCGAGCGGCCCUCCAACUCGUACUCGUGGCAGUCCUUCAUCUUCGCCAACGUCAUCGUCGAGAUUGCCUGGAACUCCCUCAUGUCCGUCUUCUGCUUCGUGUGCUGGUACUUCCCCAUCGGCUUGUACCGCAACGCCUACCCUACUGAUGCCACCGACUCCCGUGGCAUCACCAUGUUCCUCCACGUGUGGGCCUUUUUCGUCUUUUCCAGCACCUUUGCCGAUAUGGCUAUUGCCGCCAUCACGAGCGUUGAAAUUGCCGGUGCGGUUGUGAAUCUGUUCGUCAUCAUGAUGUUUACGUUCUGCGGUGUCCUAGCCGGUCCCCAAGAUCUCCCUGGCUUCUGGAUCUUCAUGUACCGCGUCAACCCCUUGACUUACGUGAUCGAAGGCUUCCUCGGCACGUCCCUCGCCAACGCGCCCGGCAUGACGUGCGGCGAGUACCUCGAGCCAUACAUGUCCGCAGCCGGCGGCUAUCUCGUCAACCCGGGCGCGUCCAACGGCUCCGAGUGCCAGUUCUGCCAGAUGGACAACACCAACACUUUCCUCGCCGGCAUCAACAUUAGCUUCUCUCACCGCUGGAGGGACUUUGGCUUCAUGUUUGCCUACUGCGCCUUCAACAUUGCCGCGGCAGUCACGUUGUACUGGUUGGUCCGCGUGCCUAAGAAGAAGGGCAAGGGCUUGAAAUAA